AUGGACGCCAGACGACUACUGCUGAUUGUUCAAAUCCUAGCCUGUUUAAUAUUCACCAUAUCGGCCUGUAAAAAGAGGUCCUGCCAGCCGUUUACGGGUUGGAACAACUGCGUGGAUAAUGGCAUCAAGGAGCCCAAGUUGCCGCCCCGCGAUAAUACCUGCUGUGGACCUCAGUGCGUCUACACGGCCCCGGAACCACCGAAAUUAGGUCCAUGCAAUUGCGCUGCAAAGGGGCGUUGUCUUCUGGACACACAUUGCACUGCUGGAAUGCCAUUCACCUAUGUAACCAUUACCAGGCGCGAACUGGACAAGCAAAACGCCGCCAGGCUAGAGGAUGGCUAUGCCCCAAUCCUUUCCAUCGAUUGGGACCAGGAAACCUGUCUGAGCAUGAACACCAAGUGCGGCAUCAAUUGCUGCUGCCGUGAGAAUUGCCCUACCUUGUUUUGUAAAUUUUAA